CCUUCAUUCAUCAGGCCGUUUCCUGAAGCCAUUUCUAGACGGGGGAAACGAGAGUUGCGCUACUUUUUAAUCCGUUGCAUCUGCCUAAAUGCGCUUUCUUAAGGACAAAUACUUUACCGAAGUCGAUGCAUCAGACUGUCAUCUUUACUUCGGUUUGAUUAUUUGUGUAAUUAUUGCGGCGGAUUAGCAGCCAUACGGGCUCGAAAGUACAGAGACGAGAAAGGGGUUACCCCGAAUACGCAAGAUGAGAAGAGGGAUCUCCUCGGCUCCGGACAAAGUCAUUUUAGCAGGGGUCGGGGGCUCUCCUCUGGACAACAAUAUCAUCCUAACCACUCUCACGGAUCGGUUAAACCCGGGUCAAACCAACGCUACGUAUUUCCAAAUAAUAACCACCCCACCGCCUUGCAACGUUACACAGACAUCAAAUGUGUGUCUGUCUGAGCCGCAGAUAAACAACAUUUACACAACUCCACAACAAGCUGCUGCAAACGGAGCCGGACAACGACCCACACUGGGGAGACCGCCGGCAAAAAGGCGGUUGGCGCUCGAUGACUCUGACCACCAGUACCAGUCGGAACCAGCCAGGACUCCAAGAGGCAGAGCGGCAUCGGUGGCCAAUGGGGCACGGCUAAAGACACCCAGAACACCCAAGUCUCCACCAGAGAAGACUCGGUACGACACCUCUCUGGGCUUAUUGACAAAGAAGUUUGUGGACCUUCUUGCUCAGUCUUCUGAUGGUGUCUUGGACCUCAACCUCGCUGCUGAAACCUUACAGGUACAGAAAAGGCGGCUGUAUGAUAUCACCAAUGUACUAGAAGGCAUUCACCUCAUCAAGAAGAAAUCAAAGAACAACAUUCAGUGGAUGGGCUGCAGUCUGCUGGAGGUGGAGGGGGCACUGACCCAGAGACAGAGACUAACGGCAGAAGUUUCUGCACUGGGGGAGGAAGAGCAAAGGCUUGAACAACUCAUCCAGCGAUGCAGCUUGGAUAUGAGACACAUGAGCGACUUGCAAAGCAAUCAGAAAUAUGCCUAUGUAACGUACCAAGACAUCAAACAGUUGGGAAACCUCAGAGACCAGACUGUUAUCGUCGUCAAAGCGCCCACAGACACCAAACUAGAAGUACCAGACCCUGAUGAGAGUUUGUCCAUCCAUCUGACCAGCACUAAGGGUCCUAUAGAAGUCCUGCUGUGCCCAGACGAGGAGAAUGACCCCAGGAGUCCUGUUAAAAACGGCAGCAUGGACAUCAAUGGGAACUCACCUUUCCUUAAAGUCCUUCAAGGUCCCACAUGCUCGCUCACUUCUGCCAUCCCCUCCCUGGCUCCAACUUCUUCUUCCGCAGCCGUCUCAGUUACUACUCUCUCCCCGAUCUCGUCCCCUUACACUAGUCUACUCCAGCAGACAGAAGACCAAAUCCCUUCAUCUCUGGGGCCUUUCUUAAACCUUGGGCCUCCUCUUCUGGACCAGGAUGACUACCUUUUAGGUUUGGCAGAUGACCAGGGAAUCAGCGACUUGUUCGAUGCCUGUGACUUUGAUAAAAUGCCCUCUCUUGGCCUGGAUGACCUCCUGUGCAGCUAGCAUUGGUAAUAGAAAUUCAUAUUAAUGCACGGGAGAGAGAGGGAGAGAGAGAAUGGAGACUCAGUGAGGGUUUUGAUGCCGGUGACUGACUGUAGUUAGUGGAAACCAAUUCUAAAUAGAUGGAAAGGAAUCACUGAGGGCUAAAUGCCAUGUUCUUUCAUGGUGUAAGAUAUAUAUGGCCUUGCAUGAUUUCACUCAAAAGACAUGACUGGUCAGUGUAGAGACAUAUCCAUUACUCUUUGUCUCAGGCUAUGAAACGCCUCCGUGUAGCUGGGCGUUGGGGGACGUCCUAAAGCUUGUUUUGUUAAGCAUAAAAUUGGAAGGAAAAGAUAUCCACUUCUGUGUAUCACACAAGGUUCACGCCACUGUACAGAGAGAACAACAAAGACAGAACAGCUCGAAAGGUAAACGCCUCCCACACCACCUGGCAAUAUAUUUCCACAUCGUGGGUGAGCAUAAAACCCAAGUGUGAUUGUACCUGAGAUGCACAAAUAUGAUCCCAAAAAACCCUCAGUAGAAUGCUGAAGAGUAGGCAAGAGGAAAAUUGUUAACUGAUUAAACUUGAAGGAUCCUGCAAAUGUUCAACACAUACACACAUUAAAAACAGCCAAAUUGUUAAUGUUAACAUUAAAGGAAGCGUUGAUUAUCUUCACAAACAUUUUUGAUUUUUGUUUUGUUUUGUUUAAAUUCUCAUUACAUCCUGACGGCAAUCAAAGAAUCAGACGCUUUGACAGAAAACAAAUAAAUCUGGUAUCUGUCGCAGGAUUGUAAUAAGAACGUCCAAUCAUUUCAUUCGGCCCCAAAUGUAGGGGUUAUCUGACUACCUGCGGGACUACCUGCCUGCCUCAGCGUAUUCUUCCUGUCCACUCAUCGUCACCGCAGCCUUCUACAAGCUGCAAGCUUGACGGUUGUGAGUACAAACAAUAGCCAUAUUUGUUGUUUGGUACUUGGCAACUUUCUUGCUAGAUUUAGCAACUUUUCAAGCUAAUGCUGCUAGUGACUUUAAAUGAAAAGAGUUGGCAACACUGGGGUGGGUUUUUUUUGGUUGGAUAUUUAAAAAACAAUCUUGCCUACUCUUGCUAGUUUAAGACUACCAACUCUGCCUUUAAUAUUUUUAAUAAUACAUUAGUUUUCAGAAUCUCUUUCAUAUCAAAGCAAUAUUGGUACUGUAACUGAAAUAAUCCCUAACCGAAUCGAUAUGGAAUCAAAUUGUGACCUUGUGAAUCAGAAUCCAAUCAAUUUAGGAAGUUAGUGACGAUACCCAGCCCUCAUAAAUAAGUGAUUCAUUUACUGGUCAGAUGUCAAAGUUCAUCCAGAUGUGUUAACGCCAAGUGCUGUGGGGGCUAAAGAGUGCAUUCUUAAACACCAAUGAUCUGUGAUAUAAGGCUCAUACUGCUGACUGUUAAGUAGACAUUUUGUGUGUUCAAAUGUAGGACAUUUUAGAAAUUUAAAUUGAAUAUUAAAAAACUACGCAAUUUUGAUACACAGCAUUCACAACUACUACAGUUGUUAUUUUAUGGUUAAGUUAGGCAGGCGGAGGUUUUGGUCACCUGUUCUUGUCUCUGCCUGCUCGAACACUUGUCAGAUUACCCAUUGUGGCAUUUGGGCCUAUAAUCAUAAAGUUUAUAAAAAUAUGAGUAUUUUGUACAUUUAAGCACUAUUUAGAUGUAUUGAGAGCUGCAAGGAAGUUAAUACACGUUUUUUUGAAUGCACAUGACAUGAUUACCCAAUUUAAAAGGAAAUUGUAAAAUGCAAUGCAUAUGAUAGGAGUGUGUACUCUAAAAGGAGACCGAUGUACACUCGUUUUAAAUGUAUAAAAUACUUAAAGUAUGCCUUAUGGCUAAUAAUUAGUUUGAUCCCCUUGAACACAAUUUGUCUCUCCUGUGCUGUAUCCUCCUUCUUUAGAAGGAUUUAGUAGUUGAAUUUAAUAAGGGAUCUUUAUCUGUCCACCUGAUCAGCCUGUUGUCUGCUGAUCAUGUGAGCAACCUCGUAUUUUGUAAUUCAAUUUACAGUUUGAUGAAUACAUAAAUGUUCAACAUGGUAACAAAUAUUGUGAUGUUUAACUUUAUGUUGUUUAAAAUGUGCUAACAGCACAAAAAAAGCCAUCAUACCUGGGAAAUGUGGGGUUAAGCAAAAACACCUGAUGUACUUGUAUAAGCCUAGCACGUUGUCGCACGUGAUAUGCAAAAUUAGGAUAUCAUCUCGUACUCUUAUUGAUACUUUGUAAAAUCAGGACCCAAACUUCCACUUUCUUGCUGCUUUUCACUUAUCCCUUCAUCUUCAUCAGCAGAAGCUGCCAUAACCAAACUUACCCUAAUGCCUCCUCACUUGAACUAUCUGCUGUGAUAUUAUACUGUGGUUUGAUUGGAAAAACUGGACUUUGAACCACUUAUCAAGGCACACUGGCUACUCUGUGUGUACUGAAAGCAGUGUAAGAGAGAGGAUCGGCGCGUACUUGUCUUUUUAGGUUUAAUAAAUGUUGAAUUUUUAAUAGAUUUUAAUACUGUAGAAAUAACUAAUGAUAUUCAGGUCAUCUAAGCAACAAAUGGCCAGAUAGCCACUAAUUUAGGCUUCAGCAUGUAAUAAAGGGCCCAUUUUCCUCCAAAACGAUGAUAUAAAAAAAAUGAGGAAAAGUAAGAAGGAAAAAAAAAAAAAGACUAAUGGACCCUGUUUUGUAUAUUGAGCAAAUACAGUGCAACAAGCCAUGUGUCAUGGUAUGCCUGGUAAUACUGUGGUGUAGAGCUUCUGAGUCUACAACAGUGGUUGAUCAAGAAAAGCCAGCUAGAGGACUUAUGUGGAAUGUGUUUUUGUUGUGGUAUUUGGAACACCAUUGCAGUUCACUUCUGAUUGCUUCUUGUGUUAAAUGCCAUCCCUUAUAAUAACAUAAUGCAAACAUCUUGUCUGAAACCCUGGCUUUCAAUCUAGAAAAAACCUGCGGCCGCAGGUAAUAUUGCUGCUGUUAGUGUAAACUUUCCCUCCCCUGAUUGAUGUGUGCUUGAGUAAUUGCGUGUGCGGCAUGUGUGAGUAAUGUCAAAGAUCAAGCUUGCUAAAGAGUAAGCCUGCCAUGUGUAAAUUCAUGUACAGUUUUUCUAAAUUUUUCAGUGCACAAGGUACUGUAGGCUACCUCUCACUUACUGUUGGACUAUAGUAUAGGGCAUAGAGGUAAAUGCCAUAGUGUGUAUGAGUCUUUGAAUUCCCCUUUUUCACAGAAAUGACCCUUGUAUUAUUUGGAUGUGAUCUUUGAUAUUACAUCGCACUUUUCUUUUUCGAUAUUUUCUCAUACCCUGAUUAAAUGAGUAUGCCUUUGCUCUAAAACCGGUUUCAUACUGUUGCAUCUUGUAUUUGAAUACUGGGGAGCACAUUUAAUCGGUGGAAAACGUGAAAUAUUUUCUUUUUGUUUUCGAUCUUUUUUCCCCAUAAGUUAUUUAUGUCUUGUUUUCAUCUCUUUGACACAAAAAGUAGUACACAUUCAAUGAUGCAUACAUGCACUCAAUCUUUUGCAGUUGGCCUAUCUGCGCUUUACUGGCCAUUAGGAGACAUUGCCAUGUCUAUAUACACCACUGAACAAUUAUCAGUGACUUGUGUCCUCUGCUGAAGCGUGUGUGUGUGUGUGUGUGUGUGUGUGGGGGAGGGGGAGGGGGGGUUGCUUCUGUGACACCGUGUGUCCGUUUUUAUUUUUGGAAUGAUGUGAGCGAUUCUGUGACACUUCUUUUUGCUUUUCUGCCAACUUAUUUUUCAUGGCGAGUUUUGUAGCCUGUUGAAACAACUCCGAAAAAUCAAAACCUAUUAUCAUUGACUUGAACUUCACCCAUUCAGUUGAUGAGAAACUAGAUUUCUUAGUCAGCAUAGAGCUUAAUUAGUGCUAUCGUAAGUGAAUGUAAAAUUUGACUUAAAUGCACAGAAAUGCUCCGAUUGACAACACAAUCUCCCUAUAGGCAUAUUUAUAUCAAUGUAUUUUAUAUGUAUUUAUGGAGAAAAUCAAGCUCAAUAUUUUCCCCAUUUGGUCCAUUAACCACAAUUAGGCUAUUUUCUAAAACCAUUUACAAAGGUAGUUAUAUUUUCCUCCAUCUAUUUAAAGCGGCCAGAAUCUGGUCCUAAUAUUUUAUCCACUUGUACAUGAUGGAAACAUGAUUUUUGGAAAGAUUGUACAAUUCCAUGGGUUUCUAAUGGAAUGUUAAAGAUUUUAAUGCACCGCUUAAGCUAGUGUCAUUGCCGGGGAGUCUGAAAAAUAUGUUAUGGGUGACAUGAAAUGACAGCUCUUUCGUGUCUAAUGCGUGAUUCAUGUGAUUAGACCUUACAGAUUUGUAUAAUUAGGCUAAUGUGGUGUGAACUGUAGUGAAGAUUGAAACAGCACUGUUGUACCUGCUAUUUUCCUGCAGUUAAUGUAAAGCUGUUACCAAAUACAUUAUACUGAUCGGUAAAUAUUCUGUAAAGGUUAUGUGAAAUGUUAAAUAUUUCAUAGGAAAGAAUUGACUGUAAAAUUAUGACAUUGCAGCCUGUUUCCACUAAUUACAGAAAGAAACUGUCAUAUCACAACGGAAUUUGAACGCAUGGGUGAAAGUAUUGGUGUGCUGUUGAAUGUUUAAGGUGAACUAAUUUGAUGUCUUUGAUGUAUGUUAUUCAGUUAUACAAGUUUCUUUAACAUCUGUCAAAUGAAGAAGUUGAGUUGUAUUUGUUUGGGGAGGGGGGGAUAAAUGGAUUGUUUUUGUACUCUGGCUGUUUGUAAUUGAAAAUUUGAAUAAAUGCAAU